AUGGUUCUCCUCGUUGAAAAGGCCCAAGAGGCUGAUAUACAACGACUGCUCGAUAUCAUGUACGCUGCCUUCAGCAAAGACCCGUGGAAUCGCCUCAUGUAUCCAAAAAUCCCGGGUACAGAGGCCAGGGGCGCUUCCAUUGAGCGUUGGCGAGAUGAGAUCUCAAACCAUCCGACCAUGCGCUUCAUCAAGGCCGUGGACACGGACGUUGGCGAGAUCAUCGCGUUUGCCAGAUGGAAUAUUUAUGAAAUGGAAAGACCAGAGAGCGAGUGGAAACAUACGGAAGCGAGAAAGUGGGACCUAGGGACCAAUGUUGACGCCGCCAACGAAUUCUACAAUGCCAUUUGUGUAGAAAGGCAAAAGGUUAUGGGCGGAAAACCGCAUUGCUGCCUGAACAUGCUUCAUCAGCGUAGAGGUGCUGGGAGAAUGCUUCUGUGUUGGGGGCUCAAACUCGCAGACGGAUUGGGGCUCGAAGCCUAUUUGGAAGCAUCGUCGGAAGGUCACCAUCUUUACCAAAGCACGGGUUUUGUGGACGUAGAGACACUGGAUAUAGACAUGUCCAAGUAUGGCGGCCACGGCAUCCACCACUAUUUUGUCAUGACACGGAGUCCAGUAGGCUAG